AUGACUGAUGAUCAAACAAUCAAUUUUGUGAUUGACAUGGAUAUCGAAUCUCCAAGUUCUCAAGGAUUAUAUGAUCAUGAUGAACGUUUUCGAGUUCCAACACCUCCUCCUCCACCACCACCACCACCACCACCACCACCUACAAUACCAUCCAUACCUGAAACAAUCUUUACUCAACCACUAACAUCUUUUAUUUUCAACCAUACAUUAUCAAAUGAAUCAAGUGAAAUAUUUGAGAAUAUACAUUAUAAUGCUUUAUGCCAAAAGUCAAUUGGGGAAUUCAGCGAACAAUAUCAACCAAACGAUAUUGUAUUGCCGGAUUCAAAUGCGAUAAAAAUGUCUGAAUCUGAGCUGAUUCCUUCAGAAGAAACUGUUUUCAAAACAUGUUUAGGGCAAUUCGAAUCAUCAUCAUCAAGCGAAAAUAAUUCCAUGGUUGAUAAUCAUUCGUUGCCUAUAAAUAAAAAUAUACAACAAGCAGAAAAUAUUCCUUUAUCAAUAAUUGAAAAUUGUUCAAUAAAUACGACAAACGAUCCAAGUCGAUCAUUUGAUGAGCUUGUUAGAUUAUUAACGCAAGAAGCUUAUACAUCAAAAUCAACUAGUUCAAUUAAAAAUCAAAAUAAUAAUAACCGUUCUUACAAUCAUCGUCAUCAACGGGAGCAACAACAACGUCGACGACGAUCAUUUGAGCGUAAUGACAAUAAGACGAAAAAAUCCUUAUCAAAUCGUUUUAAUUCUCGCCGGCUUCAUUCUCCUCCGUCAAAUAAUAGAACAAGACGUUCAAAGUCGCCUCAUAAAAAAGUUUCCUCAACUCGCGUAGUGACACUCACUUCGAACCAUUCGAAAGUCUUGCAUGAAAAUCAAAAGAAAAAACGAAAAGCUGGACUAGGAGAAGAAGACGAUCAACAAGACGUACGCAAUGAACCUACGGUUAAACGUAUCAAAAUCGAUCAAAAUUCUUCGACAUCAACUACGACUAUUAAAAUUCAGAAUUCAACUGAAACAAUUGAAAAAGACGUAGGUCUAAAAUCCAUCGUAACUGUUCCUUCAAUCAAUAAUGAUCACAAUCAUCGACAUGAUCUUCAAGAACGGCAGCGACCUGCCAGUUCUACACCAUCAACAGUAGAUAACACCAAAAGAAAAUCUUCACAUACACGUUCAAAAUCAAAAGAAAAAUCACCAAGAUCAUCAACAAAUUCACGUAGUUCGCCGAUCAAAAAUUCUAAAGUCAUCUCAAAAUCAAAUACUGAUGUAAAAUCAUCAUUGAAAUCCAGUCAAAGAUUAUCAAGUAACAAUCAUAAUCGACGGGAACCAAUAGAAACUAGAGACGUCAAGCAUCCACGUGAACGGAGACGAUCGCCGGAUUUAUCGAAUCAUAAACAUAAACGCUAUUCAAACCAAUCAACUGAUCGACUUGAUCUAUUCAAUGAAAUAUCUCAUCGAAACACGGUAUCAUCAACAUAUCGCCAACGGAAUAUAAAUGAUUUGAUACCACUAAAUCAUGUCAAUAAUUUUCAACAACAACAGCCAUCAAGUCAUAAAAGAUUUAAUUAUAAUCAUCAAUCAGUUGCUGAUCAUCCACGUUUUACAAAUCCCAAUCUUCUUGUUAAUUCAGUGCCACUAAUGGAUUUUCAUUAUUCAAAAUCAUCGACACACAAUCGUAGUAUUUCCCCAAUAACAAAUCAAGAUAGAAAGUAA